AUGAAAUUCAUGUGUUAUGAUUGUGCGACAAGUAGUCGCGUCGGUCGCGUAGUGACCGACGCGUCGCGGCCGACUGCGUCCACUAGUCGCAGUCGCAACAUCUGCCGCCGCCUUUAUUAUCCAACGGACUUCACUGCACAACCUGUAUAUGCAAGCAAUAUGUCGGAGGCGGUGGGCCGUUAUCUGAUGAAAUAUGUCCGUUAUGAUUGGCAAACAAACAGUAUGGCGCCGCCAUAUGUCGCGGCACGUGCGCCCGCGCAUCCAACGCUCUGCUCACUCACCGGUGAAACUGUAAACCAUAGUAUAAAAUACGGACAGAUAGCACUUAGCUUCCUCAGCUUGUACGACAAAAUAUGCUAA